CCUAGAUUUUGUGGGGACAUUAAACUAAAGCAGAAAACGGAAAAGCGUCGAACCAAGACCCACCCACCCAUUAUCAAAUGCAACCCCCACAUCCGCGCUCAGCUGAUAAAAAGUAGCACAAAACCGAAAGUAAGGAAGGUCACCGACGACCACCAACAACAACAAGUUCGUAACAUCACCGAACGACAAUCUCAAUAUCGUUCUUCUGAUCAACAUUACGCUCAUUAUUUCUCGUAUUUUUAUAAUCGUGGGCCACGCAAAACAUCAAAGUGUAUAAGCACCACCACCACAGGUCGUCCAGGUGGUGCAAAAUUGGCAAUGAGUUCAUAUUCAGAGCUUCCAACGAGCAGGCAUAAUAAUGCAGAUAAUAAUGAUGAUGAUGAUGAUGAUGGUCAAGAACAAACGUCGACUGGUCGUAGGAAUCAGUUGCUAAAAAAUGAUAACCCACCGGCUACAACACAACAACAACAACAACAAUAUGACAGCGGCUGGCCGCCUAAUAAUGAUGAAUAUACUAAAUACGAUCCGGUUUUAGUUAAAGAAACAGAAGAUUAUUUAGAUAUAAAAGAUAUCUAUGAUAAUGAACAAAUAAUUGAUGCACGUUUCGAUCCUGUACAACGUCGCUAUUGUAAACUUGCCACUGAGAAUAAUCCAGAAGAUGCUGGAGAUGCUGCCGUGUUUGCAAACAACAAUAACAAUAAUAAUAAUAAUAUUAAUUCCGAAUUAAAGCAACGAAGUCAAAAGCAAACUUCCUGCAAUCCAUCACGCUUACCUCUGACACCAAAACGAUCUAAAGGCGGUGCCGCACAAUCAACAUCAGCAUCGACAGCGACAGCAACCAAAAAACAAUUGCCCACAGUUCAUAGAGUAUUACUAUAUAAUAGUCAGAGUCCACGUUUAUCGCGCAAGCCACAGAGCGUCUUACGAAGUCUGGGACAAAAGCAGCAUAAAAAUUCCAAGGCCCAUGUCAACGCUGGAGAUGCUGUGCCCACAGUUAUUCUGGUAGAACCCGAAUCUAAAGAUAAUUCCCAUAAUCAUGGACGCAUUGAAUUUGAUCGUAAUGAUGAUUUCGAUGAAGAUGAUGAUUUGGAUGAUAUUUCCAAUUUUGAUGAAAGUGAUACGGCAAGUGUGUGCUCCGAUACUGAAGAUGGUUAUCGGGCACAUGCCUAUAAGAUGACACAUUCUUCAGAACGUUUUCUAUCCACACACACAACUAGUACAGGGAGUAGUAUACUUACAUCUCAAUCAUCUGAAGAUGAUCUUAAGAAUCCUGAAUCGUUACUUGUACCUAGUCUAUUUCCAUACGUUCCGCCGUAUUUGGCAUUCUCUUCAAACACGAAGAAAGGUCCAAAGGUACCAGCAGAAUUACAUAGAGUUCUCAAAUGGCGUGUGACCAAUAUAAUGCCCAAAGUUGUACGACUUAUAUUGGCCAAUAGUGGCAUGAGAAUGUUGAAAAAAACCAAUGACUGGAUGGGAGUAUGGGGAAAACAUUUGAAAUCACCUUGCUUCAAAACCAUACGUUCAUAUCAGAAAAUAAAUCAUUUACCUGGCUCCUUUCGCAUUGGUCGCAAAGAUUCGUGUUGGAAGAAUUUAGAGAGACAAAUGCAUAGGCAUAGUAAUAAAGAAUUUGGUUUUAUGCCGCGUACCUAUAUCAUACCAAAUGAUCUAUGCUCAUUGCGAAGACAUUGGCCGCGGUAUGCACAACGUAAUACCAAGUGGAUUAUAAAGCCGCCGGCUAGUGCACGAGGUGCGGGCAUAAGAGUUAUCAACCGUUGGGGUCAGAUACCCAAGCGAAGGCCAUUGAUUGUACAAAAGUAUAUAGAACGUCCACUUCUAAUUAAUGGUAGCAAAUUCGAUUUGCGUCUCUAUGUGCUGGUCACGUCAGUUAAUCCCUUGAGGGUUUUUAUGUAUCACAAUGGAUUGGCCCGUUUCGCUUCCGUAAAAUACAGUUCCAAGGCAGAUACAUUGAAUGAUCGCUGCAUGCAUUUAACAAACUACAGCAUCAAUAAAUUUUCAUCGAAUUACUCAAAGAAUGAGGAUGUCAAUGCAUGCCAUGGCCACAAAUGGACAAUCAAAUGUUUAUGGACUUAUCUGGCCAAUCGAGGUGUUCGUACCGAUUGUCUAUGGGAAGCAUUGAGAAGUUUAGUGCUUCGUACACUUUUUGCUGGCGAAAAUGGUAUAAAUAAUAUGAUAAGGGCCAACGUUGAAUCCAAAUAUAGUUGCUUUGAACUAUUUGGUUUUGAUGUUAUUCUUGAUUCGGAUCUGGUACCAUGGCUACUGGAGGUUAAUAUAUCGCCCAGUUUACACUCAGAACUGCCGCUAGAUGCGCAUGUUAAAGCGCCCUUGGUGCAAGGUGUUCUCAAUACGGCUUUGUAUAAUGUACCGCCGAAACUGACUCAAGAGAAGCAAAAAGAAUUGGCUGCUGAAUUUUCAUUUCCACCAGGCACACAAAUGUGCUAUGAUAAACGCCUUUAUAUCAAUUAUUUAUCCCGCGAAGAAAAGGUGAAACAUAAUACAUUUACACGCAAAUCCAUGGAAGAUCGUGAAGAGUAUAUUGAUGCAAUACUGCAGAACCUGACACCAGAUGAUGUACGUUGUCUGAUUAUCGCAGAGGAUGAGUUGGCGCGAUGUGCGCCAUUAGAGCGCAUUUUUCCAACUGAUCAGACCUAUAAAUAUCUGAAAUAUAAUGAUAUACCGCGAUAUUACAAUCGACUUUUGGAUGCCUGGGAAUCGCGUUAUGCCAACAAUCGUACAGAGGGCAUUGCUUUAUUACGUGACUAUUGUCAGAAUAAAUACCAUUUGCAAGUUCCAGCCCCACCAGCCAAAAAGGAUUGGAGCGUUAAAGAUGAGUUCAUUCUUAAGCCGGAGGAGGCCCCAGCACGGGAUGUCUUGGUGGAUGCUUAGCAAAAGUCUGGGAUGGAAUGCAUUUUACAUAAAUCAACUGUCGAUUUGAUUCAUUCUGCUCAACACCAUUAAGGUUCACCAUUUAUAUUUGAACGUUUGGUUUUUUCCUAGACUGAAGAUAUUGCAUCAUAAUAUAUAUAUAUAUACAUAUAUAAAUCAGUUAAAUUUCCGUCGUUGUCCAGUUUAUCAAAUUUAUUAUUAAGUAUAUAAAGAAAAACAUGUGUUCAAAAAAUUAAAAAACAAAACAAAAAAAAUAUGUUGUAAUCUUAGAAAAAUUGUUCAAAAUUGACAGUGAGUAAAAAAUUAUGAUGAAUCAAACCACAAA